UACUUCAGUUUCUUCCGUACUUGCAGCUGUUUAAGGUGUGUGUUAACUUCCUGAGAGCGUUUUAAGCGUUAUAACAAGAGUUCAUUUUGUUCAAUAUUUAGUGUAGGUUCAGCAUACAUUGAGGAUAAAAUAUUUGUAGUAUAAAAAAGUGAAUAUGUGGUGUAAUACACAUUAAAUUGUGUUUGAAAUAUGUUGUAAAAUAAUCACAUCUAGCUGAAUUCGACACUGUCCUGAGGAUAAAAUAAUAGUGUUACACCAUAAAAAUAGUGUGAUAAAGAUCUGAUAUGAGAGCUGGAAAAUGUGAGAAAAUCUAUCGGAAAGAAAUCUAGUAUUAUUCAACAUUGGUAUCCGUGCGAUUUUUUUUAAAGUGUUAACAUAGUCUGAUACAAUGUAUUUUGAGGCAAUUGAUAGUGCGAAAUGCGACAGAAUGUAAUUUCUGUUGCAAUACAUACGACAACCUCAUAGUUCAAAGCGUAGUGAGUGAUGGAACAUAUUUCAACAUGUUUAAAAGGAUUAUUUUAUUAUAAAGUAUUCCGUCAGUUGCUAGCUGAUUAAGAAUGAUUGGAUUGCUGCAACAACUGUUAAACAAACACGGCUAUUGUAAUUAAAUCCUAUCCGACUGUGUUUCUCACCAUUCCAAUGAAGAACACACAUAAACUUAUGCUUCUUAACCGAGCAAAAAAAAUAUGUUAUUUUUUUAUAGUGGAGCUUUCAUAUAAACUAUUCAUAAUAAUAGAGUCACUGUUUUAGCCUCCAAGAGCAGUAGCGUGAAUGUGGUUCAUUGCUCGAGAACACCAUGAUGUUUCAAUGUUGUUUAUUUGCUCUAAUGAUAGCACAUUGCGUAUCAUCGCCGGACCAAACAAAGCGAGAAGAUUUUCAGCUGAGCCAUCCAUUUAUCGAUGACAUACACAACACUAGCCAGAUUGAUUUCUCAAUUAAUACCAUCCAAGACCUGAACAAUUUUGAUCUUGAAUACUCUGGAAUUCCAAUGUUGAAUGUUCAGGAUAUAUACGACGAAAAUAAUGCAUCACAAGAUGACAAAAGUGGUGCUGGUAACGAUCCAAUAAUGACAGCAGGAGAGAUGAGAUACGAUGAUGGUGACAACAGAAAUGUCAUUCUUUACGACAGUUCCGUAAGGAUACUGUCCCCUUUAAACGGUGCAGAAUCUGCGGCCGAAUCCUUUCACGUCAGUGCCCGAACGGAAUUGAACAACUUGGAAGCAGAGCAGGAUACAUUUGAAUCUGUUGGUUCCCAGGGUUUCUUGCAGCACCACUUCGAACCCUCACCGGAUAGCCGACAGCAACUGGAUGGCACUGAAGUUGUUCAAUUAUCAUCAACAUUGUUGACAAUGGCCACGACUUCAAAUAAUGGCAACUCAUCACCUACGACUGGCCUCACGGUUCUCACCGUUUUAUCACCAACGGCUGUGGAAGUAUCACUGGAGAAAACCUCAAAUGUAUCUUUACCCAGCGUAUCUACCCAACGAACCAUACAACAUCCCAUGUCCAAUGUCAGAUUGGCUGUUAUGGAAUAUAACAAAGUCGAUGCCAGCAAAACCGUGAAGAUGGAUGCAACUGGCUCAUAUAACGACCAAAUUACAACGACCCAGAAGAUUAGUGAUAUACAACAAUCGAUAGUAGAUGCUCACAGGAGAAAUGAUCCCAAGAGUAUUCCCAAUUUCCACCCUACUGCAUUCGACGAUACGAUAGCAACUGUUACAUAUUCUAGUUUGCAACGUCAUAGAACAAUUAAUUCAAUGAAUCUUAAUCCUACCACGCCAUCCAUGGUAGUGAAACCAGUAGGUGAACUUCGAAAGUUGCUGAAAAGCACAGGACCCAUCCUAAACUAUGUAUUCGACCAUCAUCCUCCUUACUACAAAUCAACAUAUUACAAUACUAGGUACGGACCUCACUUUGAAACUGAUAAUGUCACGAAUAUCACAGUGCAGAACGGUGAUACACUUUUUUUGAGUUGUAGGAUCAGCCUCCUGCAAGACAAAACGGUGUCCUGGGUGCGACGGAAAAAAGGCGAUACAGCUUUACAGCUGUUGACCGUUGGAAGGCAAACGUAUUCCGGUGAUCCGCGAUACCACAUAGAGUUCCAAUAUCCAAAUAAUUGGCGGCUGAAGAUAUCAAGAGCUCACAAAGAUGAUGAAGGAGUGUACGAGUGUCAGAUAUCAACCCAUCCACCUAAAGUUAUUGUAUACUUUUUAUUUGUUAACGCUCCUGAAGUAGCCAUCGUAGACGAAGAAGGUGUGCCAUUAUACGAUAAGUACUACGAAGUUGGAUCGACGAUAAAACUGAUGUGCAAAAUUCGACACAUCUCGAUGUUACGGUCUGUCGUUUAUUGGAUACACAACGAAAACACUCUUAAUCAUGAUACAACACGAGGUGGUAUCAGUGUUAAGACCAACUUAACGGAUAUUGGAGCCAAUUCGACACUUUUUGUAGCUAAAGUUAAGCGACAGGACUCUGGCACCUAUAUGUGUUCCAUUGGACCGAACCAACAUUAUUCUAUUUCAGUGCAUGUGCUCAACGGUACCGCUAACCCCUUCGGAAUCUACCAGCGUUCGUGUGCCUUUUCAAUAAUUUUACAGGCUGUAGACCUUUGGUUUGUUAUUCGGAGUCUCUUCUUGUUCUUCAUGAAAGUUUCUAUAGAAAGAUAAUAGUAAGAGUUGUCGUAGUUGCUCCGGGAAAUCCUCCUUAAAUAAUUAACUAUGCACCCAAUUCCUUAGAUUUUUUUGAUCAUAUUUAUGUCCUAGGAUCCUUCCUAUUAGCACAUUAAUAAGCGAUAAUAACAAACCAAGAAGUACUUGUUUAUGCUACAAAAUUGAAUUGCAUUAUCUUUUUUUAAUACUUUUCAGCAGCAAAGGUAAUAAUAAGGCAACCAAAGCGGCAAAAAAUUGAAAACAUAUCAUGGAGGCAAUCCUUUUUAACACUUGUGAAUCCUUCAUGGUUUAUUUUACAUAGUAGCAUUUUUAUACAAAUGGAAAAUUGUUUUCACACUUAGCGUAAAAUCCAGAAGAGAAAUGAAAAUACAGAAUUAAUUAAUGGUCCAAUACGCUAAUUCACACAAUUCACAUUUGUGUUUAUUCUUAUCAAAUUUAAAGGACUACAGUAGAACGUCGAUUUUGCGGGGACGGAUUAACCGGAGGACGACUUAACCGUGCGCAUGAGUUUGACAGUUGGUCUGUCGUGGCGAACAUUUUCUGUGAUAAACCGGUUAGCAAAAACAUUUGUUGUGCAGCAAUCUAGUGUUUAGUGAUAUUUUUUAACUUCAUUUUAGAUAAAUGACAAUUUUAAAUCUAUUGUUAUUGAUUCAAAAAAUAUUCUAAUAGUGAUAAAUCGAUUAUUUUAAUGUGAAUUUCUAGUGAAACCAGUGAAUUUUAUUUUUUUUAUAUGAAUUCGACAUUUCUAGGACCACUGUCCGUGCAAAUCGAUUAACCGGCAUCCACCCGGUCCCGAGCUGCCCAGAUAAUCGACGUUUUACUGUAUUAUGAAAUGACCUAUUGCAAAAAAAAAACGAAUUAAGAGUCGUAACAUAAGUAUAAAGACACUUUGAAAAAUUAGUUUGUUUAACAAACUUGUAGUGCAAUUUAAAAUCGUCCAAAUAUACUAUAAACAUAUUUUACAAAGGUUUCGUAAAAGUACACAUUUCAUUAUUUUCUAAAAGACAACAAACGUCAAACUAUAUUUUUCAAAUAUCAUAAAAUGUUUACAAUUUUUUUGCGAAAAAACUUACCUAGGUACAGGUACACGAUUUUUUUAGUUAACAGCUCUUUGAGCAAAUUGUAAUGACAAAUCAAACUUCAAAUGCAAAAUAAUUUACCUUAUGGUCGAAUGAAAAAAAAUCGUUUAUAAAUAUACAAAAUUGUAAUCUUCAGUUGAAAUCAGAUGAAGUAUCUAUUAAAGUGGGUAAAACCUACCACUUAAAUUAUAGGCAAAUAAGCUAUAAUGUCAUAUUGCAGGUUUUCAGCAAAUUUAACUAAAACUAAUAUUCUAAAUACGCUAUUGCCUCCGGAUCAACCUGUAUGUCUUCUUCUUUUUAUUUGGCCCAAUAACCUUUGUUGGUCCAGGCCUAAUAAUAUCAAAAAGCUUGUGGCGUCAUCUGUUGGUGGGAUACCCAACCAGUGGAGCUACAUCGCUUGGAGAGCUUUCUCAUUUCCUCUGUACUUUUUUUAUGGUUUCGCAUUGAAGUUAUGCAUCGUUAAAACUGGAACGACGAUACGAUUUUUUAAAUACUAAACUCCAAUGUAAACCACCAGCACAAAGACAAGUGAGAUUUGAGUAAUGGUCGUUGGUGUUGAUACCCACGUAUUUGACCACACGACCUUUCAUUAAGAUUUUUGCUCAGAAAGUUAGAAGGCUAUAUAGGUCAUGAUAAGAUGAAACUUGUCGAAACGCAUUGCAAUAAAAGAACAACAAUAUAACGAUGAGUUGUAAUACGCCAUCUAUUGAGCAAACCAAUGAAGCUAUGAAGCUUUUGUGUUUUUUUUCUAUGGAUAUUCGAUUUUCCAGUCGUUUAAGCUUAAUCCGUGGCGCUUGGGAUAGUAGGAUAAUCAGUCCGACAUAUGGGGCUGUAACAUGUAAAUACCAUAUUAUUUAUUACCUUGCGAAUUAAUCACCAAACUUAACAAGAGGGAAAACCUUACUAGUAAGAAAAAUGUGUUUUUUUUAUAAAACUUAUUUGCAAUUAAUAUUCUAAAGCUUAUAGAAGCUUUCAAACAGUUUAAUAAAAUGUUAAUCUUUGAAAUCUUCCUAAAAUAUGUUAUGAGUAUAUUUAGACGAUUUUUAAAUGCAACAGUUAGUAUCAAAAACAAAAUUUUCGAAGUGUCUUGAUGGUUAUGGUACGAUCCUAAAUAAGGGUUUUGUACCCAACCCAAGUGACAUUUGUUCCAAAUUUUUAAACAUGAUCUGCUCGAAUGAUGCUCGAGAUACCAAAAAUUGUGGAUUUGUGUGUAAUGAACCAUGAAGAAAGCGUCAAAUCCUCGUUUAUGUGUACGAAAUACCUUUUUCUAGUAGACGAUGAUGGCGUAAAAUUCGUUUUAGAUUAAUUUGUCUUAAUAUUUGACGAAUAAAGAAGGUACAUUUCGUAUGACGUUAUUUGGUGAAAUUUUCGACGGUAAUAAGCAUUGGAAACGUUAUUUCCCAAAGGAUAGAGAAGAAAGCAUCGAAAAAUACACUUCACAGUCGAUUUUAAAAGCCUUGCUCAAAAAGUCGCUUAAACUGGUGCAGUUUCAGGGACGUUUAAGGUGCCAGUUUAAGGGAAAUACCAAAGUGACAUUUGCUCGAAAUUGUUUUACCAUCCCGUCAAACAUCCCGCUGCGCAAAUUCGAGCAGUUUCCUGCCCGCUGCGCAAAUUCGAGCAGUUUCCUGCGCAGGAAAUGUACCAAAUUCUGCGCUAGCCAGCGCAGAUUUUGGCUGGUCUCCCGCGCUGGACUUCAGCGAUCCCUGCGCUGGGUCGAGCAAGUUUAGCGCCAUCUGUGGGCGAAAUGGACGAACUAUUUAUGGCGGCGGAGCAAAAAAAAAACGGUCAAAAAAUUUAAAAAUAUUGGCGGCCAUUUUUUCGUCCGCUUCUUCUCCCCCAUUUUUUUUUAAUGUGCCGAAAUCUGUCUCGCGUUUUCGGGUCUCGUCACACACACGCACACACACAGCGCGGGGAAAGUGACCGUUCACUCUAUCAUGUCGCGAUUCCCCACCCCGCCCGGCGCUAGGGAUGAUGAUGCGCUAUAUGAUAGCUGAUGAUUGCGGAAGGGGAGGGGGGGUUUGGUGGAGGGUGCGUGCUUGCGUGCGCGCUUUCGUAGGUGCGUUCUCGCGUGCGCGCGUUCGUAGCUGCCUUAUCGCGUGCGCGCGCGCGUUUCUGUGUGUGUGUGUGUGUGUGAGUUUGUGCGCGCGUGUUUGUGUGUGUGCGUGUGUUUGGAAACCCCAAAACUAUUUGAUUCUGAUGCGUACAUUUUCGAUCUCGCUACCUGAGAGACAACACAACCAUUGGCAUUGGCAUAUUUGCGAUCGGCUCUGCUGUUGGUGGUAUCAAAAAGACACACGAUCAAAGCAAACGUGCGUGUGAUAUGUUGCACAUUUAUUUCCAAUUCAGCUAGCGGACGCAAGUGGAAACAACAUUUUGAAUUGAAUUCAUACAAAAGAUGAUUCUGGAUUUGUUUAUUACGGUUCGCGUAUGGUGCUGCACCUGUCCGUCCAGAAUCUGAUGGCUUGUUGGUUUGGAGUAGUUAACAUGACGCCGAUUGACCAGCAAUGCCUUGGAAUGGGUUCGGAUCGGUAGGUUCACGUUUUGGUCGAGUGCAUUCCGUGUAUUUGUCUCAUCACAGCGGUAGCCCGGCUCCCAACAGCUGUGUGCCACUACCCCCUCCUCCCUGUCAUAUCAGUUACCAUUGACAGGGGCCUCAAUUCGUCUUUCCGCCUUUCAUGAACACCUUCCUUUCUUUGACCGAUGGAUCAUAACAUUUCGGAAAAAACACAUAUGGCGACAGUUUUGCACACACACGCACGCUCAUACCCUUGCGCAGAUGGCUCAGGAUAUCUGUGUAAUGUACAGCAUACGAAAGCAAAAGCUUAGGGUAACAAAGUUAUGCUUAAUGCUUAACACGUUCAGAUCGAUGACAUGUCCCAGGGACUACCAGUGAACUUUCCAGGAUGCUGGUUUCACAAUCAGCUUGCGUUCUUGAUGCCGGCGGAACGGAAAGUUGAUGAAAAUCAGCGCCGAGCUGAACGUGUCAAUGCGAAUUAGGGUUCAGCGCGUUGCACAGCAAACCCUCCAGCGUAAACUAGCGUUUCCUUGGUCAUUUUUAUAUUGCAGUGUUUGAACUCAUUGCGCUUUUUUGGUUUGAUUUGUGAAAAUAAAACUUCACCGCCGCAAUGUUUGUUAACGGCAUUUUUAGGCGCCACAACAGCUUGCGAGCAUUGACCACACGCGAGAAAGAGAUGGCGCUAUGGAGGGAAAAAGCACGGACGACGGCUGAAGCCCUUUAAAAUCAACUGUGAUGUGUCUUGUUCGUUACUUUUUUCUCUAUCCUUUUGGAAAUAACGUUUCCAAUCUUUGUAACUGGUCGUUCAGUCUUUUUGUAUCAAAAAACGAAUUUUCACAAACUAACGCUGCGCUAUAUGUUCCUUCUUUUUUCGUCAAAUAUUUAAGCAAUUGAAUCUAAAACGAAUUGCACGCCAUCAUCAUCCAAUACAGGAAGGUCUUACACAAAAACAAAUAAAAUUUUGUUCCUUUCAAUACAGUUUAUCACGCAAUUUUUUUAUGUUUGAUAAUUGGAGCACUGACAUUUGACAUUUUCGAGUUCUAAAAUUGAUGAUAGGAGCUAUUUCCCUUAAACUGUCACCUUACGGCCAAGCUACACGUACCGGACGACAUCGGAGGAUGCCAUAAAUCCGUUAAUACCAACUGUCAAAUCCCAUACAAAAUCGGCCCGCUGUGAUCCGACACGGCCCGGCCCGACGCGAAU